ACAAUGAUGUCACAGGAUCAGGAGCUGAGCGAUGCGAUGCUAGCUGGGCUGUAGCUUUGCUUAUUCUAGAAAUCAUUCCGAUCAUUCUUAGACUCCGAGAGAGGCAUUUGCUUACACUUUUAUAUUGUAUAUAAUUUGUGUUUCAGGGUUCGAUUUCCUAUAAUGUGAAUCAAGGGACUUAUCGACUGAGAAACCUGGAGCAUUUAUGACAUUUUAAUUUCCAUUCAGCUGCAUUGUAAGUUGCAACGCCUACGCCGGUGCAUCGAUGAUGGCGACCAGCAACAGCAACAUUUCGAGAGUGUGUCUUAUUCAUGCGGAGAAGAAAAUAAAUGAUUCCAUCCGUGCUGUAAUAAGCGGAGUAGAAGAUGAGCUGAAAUUGGAAGACCAAGUAUCCUACAAACGUCGCUACAAAGAGAGAGAUAAUGUUGCAUCCGAGAUUGUGGAGAUGAUGAGAAAGCUUGAUCGCGAUGAUCUCCAUUGUAAGGCAAUCAUUUUCCUAUCAUCACGCCUCUGUGAAGUCAUGAAAAAUAACAAAGACAUUUCCAAAGCAUUCCAAGAUCUGGUAUUGAAAGACCAAGUCACACCUGGAAACGAUCGUCGUUUGGCACUCUUAUGGGACAAAGAUCUGACCAUAUCAGAUGUGAUUUUCCAAGAAGCCUUCACCUUGGCGUUUGUAAAUCACUUCAAAUUCAACACUUGUGGAGUAAAGUGCAGAGCAGAUCCAAAUGCAAUGAAGUUACCAAGUUUUGUGAAUGCUAUUGUAAAACAGUGGAAAGCUCCAGUAGAUGUCCAGUCAGAAGUUUCUUCAUCAGGAGUCCCUAUGAAUGAGGAUGCUACUCUUGAUAUAGAUUCAGUUCAUAUUGUCCAUGGAGGGGACAAGGCUGCCAAGCAAGCAGUAAGAGAAAUUAGUAGAGAACUUGAAGAUGGAUUUCAAUUAAUGGAUCCUACUAAAUAUAAACUCUACAAUAGAAUCCAAGACCAUCAGAUUCCAGAGGUAGUGAUGUCUGAAGUAAGGAGUAUCAUUGAUAACGACGGUCCUAAUACACUCGGAGUUGUUACUUGGUGCCAGAGGCUUCUUGAUAUCUUGCUACCAUCCAAAUUUAGAGAUGAAUUUGAAGCGUUGAUUGUAGCCGCCUCCCAGAAGAGAGUGGUCCACAUGUGUCUGGGAAUAAAUCGUCAUGUGAUUGGGAGGCAUUUCCCUAAACUGGUCAAUCUGGCAUUCAUUUCUCUUGAGCGACAUGACGAUGGCACCAUUGAUACAACAGAUCUCAUCAACCGAGUUAAGCUUGCAUUGGAUCAAUGCAAUGGAAAUCUGUCAAGAGAAGAACUAGCUUUUUCCAGUACAGAAGCCAACCCUCCUUCAGCUGGACAAUACUCUCGGGCCAGUAACCAGCAUGCCAUGGAUGAACGUAAGAUGAGUGAACCCAGUUAUCUCUCGUCUCAAGAUGGCAAGGCACCUACCCAGAUGAGGACCAGUCCUGUACAUGGUCUAAGCUCUUCCAUGGGAUUGGUAGGAAACCCUAGUAACCAGAACCAGCAAGGAGGAAGAGUAGUCCCAUCUGCCUGUUCAUCACACAGCAAGGAUUCUGCAGGUUAUGCUUCAGGUGGGAAUCCCAACCCUGGCAAUGGUCAACCGUUCCAUGCACAGCCCUCAAGUGGGGGCAGUUCAGGGAACCAGGGCUGGAAGUAUGUUGGUGUCAACGGAGGUUCCUGGAAUGGCAAUGCUCUGCCUGCAGGGUCUUUGGAUCCAUCCCAGAGCGAAAUGAUAAUGCAGAUGGGAGUCGUUAAUCAUCAAAGCAGGCCACCACUUACUCCAUCUCAGAUGAACAUCAACCAGGAGGGUCAGCAAGCUUCGGGACAGUUGCCUUUAUCGAGAGACGGUUCAUCAGGAGUCUAUCAUCAAGCUACACCUUCAGAAUCAUCCUCAGAUACUGCCAAGUAUCUUGCCAAUGGAGACUCAAUGCCCCUCACUUCCAUCCAUUCCAUGCCGUUUGGAUCCAAGGAACCUGUGCUGCCACAGAAUGAUGCAACCGUAGAAUGUCCAUCAGGUUUUAAUGACAUGGACCCUAACAGCAACAACAGUCAGUACCCUAAUAAUCUAUGUGCUCCCUCUAGGAAUGGCCACUACUCGGCAGCAGAGAUAGCUCCAAAUAUUCGCCCUGCCCCACAUGACGACCGUAUGCAGAGACCUACAGGAAAUAAGAUCCCCAGAAGAGACAACACAGGAGACAUCUCCAUGUCUUCUCCUGAAGCCAAUGCCUCUCCUCACCAAGAAUACCCCAGUGGAAUCCCUCCUUCAACAGGUUCUGUUGCCUCAGAUGGAGGUAGCUUUGCAUCCUUACAAAUGAUCCCCAAUCAGAGCAUCAACAGGGACGGACCUGCAUCUCUUCCUGCAACAACGUCCCUCAACAUGCCCGGUUCUGUGUCAAGGCAGGGUAAUGCAUCAUCUUCUUCAGUAGAGACUCCAUUUGUUCAAGUUGCAGAAGACAACCAACAUGAUUGUCAAUCUCUGAAUGGACUCCCCUAUGCUACCAAUAUGAACAGCAAAGAUGCUUUCGAACAAGAGGAUUACAGAGAGGGUUCUGGUCAGAAAUUACCCAACAAUGUGAUAGGGGCUGAAUUCAGAUCUCUUCCUCCAACAAGUGCAGGCCAGAGAGUGGGAAAUGAGCGUGCUGUAAAUGAUGAUGAAAGGGUGCAUACCUCUCCAGGUAGGAUCAACCAUAACCUAGGUUUCCCUAUGGAAAACAGCUUUCCUGAGGAGACUACCAAUCCUCCAGAUUUCCCUAUCAAGGACAUGGACUACCGAUGCAGAGAGAUGCUGAAGAUUAUGUUAGAUCCAGAGACCAACACAGGCAGUGAUUGGAAGGUCUUCGCGUACUUCUUCAAGAUGAAGUUUGAGGAAGUUAGGUACGUUGAUUCCCUUCAAAAGAGCUCAACACUCUAUCUGUUUAACUGGUUGCAUGAGAAGCGACCUGAAGUAACCUGCGGGGAUUUCAAGAAAUGUGCACAGCUUCAUCAACGAUUGGAUGUCGUCAGAAGGAUGAACAAAUUCCAUUAUUGAUCAGUAGCUAUUUGACAUUAGUUUGAUAAGUCCAUGUUGGAUGUACCACAGGAGCAAUAAGGUGAAAAGUGGUCAGUAUUCUCUUGUCAUUGCUCAUAAGGAAUCUUUUGCUGUGGGAAAGACAAAAACAGUCAUGAGUUUUGAAGUUAUUUUCAUGUUAUUAAGGAAAUAUUGCUUCUCGGGUGCCUGCACACUCAAGCUAUGACGAAUAGCUGAAAUGUUGGGCUGAAUGUGUGUCUUUUGUUCUAUUCAUACUCUCUGUGUGCAUUGCAGGUGACUUCCAAUAGACUUGAGUCAAUAUCUUUUGGCAUUGAUGAUUCGCUUAUCAUGCAUCAUACAUUCUUCAUAGCAUUGUAAUCAACCAUUGUAUUUUCCAAUUACUUUGAGGCAGUUUCUUUCAUACUACAAUCUCUUGACCAGAUCUGAAAUUUGUCUUUAAUUUACCUUGGACAACACUUUCAUGGAUAACCUGUUAUACAUUCAUUCAUUUUGUACAUAUUGUAUUUGAUCCUGCAGGAAAAAAAUGUCCUCAAUGAAUACUUUGCUUACAGUAUUAAUGUCAUAAAUAUGAAAAAAAAAUGUGUGCACUGAAAAAUUAUUUUUCAAUGCGUGUGCACACGCAGUACUUUCAAGGCCCUGGUCCAGAAAGGAAUUGUUAAUUCACACUCUUCUAAAGAGACUGUUCACACGAAUACAACACUUAUGCAAUCAUUCUGUGUAUGAUUUGAUAAAGCUUGGAGAAAGAGUAGCCCAGAUCAAAUUCAGUGUGCAUUGGCCCAUUUUCUAAAGAGACUGAUCACACCAAUACAACACUAAUGCAAUCAUUCUGUGUAUGAUUUGAUAAAGCUUGGAGAAAGAGUAGCCCAGAUCAAAUUCAGUGUGCAUUGGCCCAUUAGUUUGGAUUUAACCUAUGUUAAGCUAUAAGCAUAUUACCCAGUGGGUUAGUGAUGGAUAGUAGUUUCAUAUUCACGUGUUCAUUUUUUAAAUUUUUAUUGCUAUUGUGUAAAUCCUUGGAUGCCUUAAAAUAAUUGUUAAUAUGAGCAGGAAACAUUCACGGCAUUGACUUCAUAAUACAACAUUGUUCCUUGAUUUCCAAACUGGUGUGUUUCUAUAUAUGUGUUGAUCAGUGCUAUAUUAGUUCUUGGUUCAACCAUUCAUGAGAAACUAGAAUAUGACUGCAGAAUUUAGUACUUUGACCUUUAGUAAAUGUACAUAAAUAAAGAUUAAAAG